AUGGAUCAGAACUAUUUGACCGGUCCUCUCCCUGCAUUCCUGGGGAACCUUACGUCCUUGCAGUACAUGUAAGUGAUAGGCUGUAAUCAGAAUUCUGCAGGGCAGAAAGGGUUGACCUCUACGGUGCUCUGUUUACUUUUUUCAGGAGUUUUGGGAUCAAUGCACUAUCAGGGCCUUUCCCAAAAGAGCUGGGGCAGCUUAGCAGUCUCGUCUUAAUGUAAGAUCUCUGUCCAUGAUGUUUGAUUUCUCGCUAAGCUGGUCACAGUUGGGAACUCCUCUUUUUCUGCGCGUUCAAAUGUUUUAUGCCCUUUUUAUUGCUUCUAAAAAUGAGUUAAUAUUUAUGGAAUUAGAUAAGUCUGCUAGUUAAUAUUCAUGGUCAGAUGUUACAUUUAGCCACAGUUGUACAUUUUAAUGAUUUUAUGGAAGUAUUUUAUGUCCUAGUACUUUAAAAGGAUGCAGAAUACCUUCCAAGCCUUAAGUUGGUACCUUUUACGGCAGAAUGGUCCCUGGCAGGACUCAGAAGCAAAAAAUAACCUAUCUAAAAUUCGUUUAGAAUAAUAAACAAUGAUCAACAAGUCAGAUUGUUCCAACUGUUCGAUUGGAAGGAAAACUAUUAAUUUAGUCUGGAAACAUGACAUAUGGAAACCGAGUUUUCUUAUAGACGUUGAAGGUGCCCCUGUUAUAACAAUAUAAUUGGGGUUAAUGCUCUCAAUUGUGAAUCGAUCAUUCGCUAUCCUUUGAUAGGUGAGAGAACAGAAUGGAAGAAAAGUAAUGAAACCUGCGAUUGCUACUGAAUAACCUCCUAUUACUUUAUCAAUAAUAAACCCCGCAAGCGCCUUUUUAUUCGUUCGCCUCUUCAGUUCCAUCCAAGCUCGGUUUUGUCUGAAUCUUCGUGGAAGAAGAAGGUUUAUGAAUAAUUGAUGGGAAACGUAUUUCGCAUAAGAUCCAUACGCAUGGAAGCCGAUAUUUCUAUUGCUUUGGAUGCUUUGAAUUCCAUCUCUGUCACAUGGUGGGCGUAGGAUUCUGACGACGUUUUACCAAAUAUUACUGUUUCACUGUACAGCUAUAUAGAUUCGGUGAAAUAAGCUUGAUUUAUUCUGCUUUGUACAGAGGGAUGGGUUCCAACAACUUCAGUGGUUCACUCCCUCCGGAACUUGGAAGCCUUUUAAACUUAGAGCAAUGGUAAGUGCUGAUUCUAGUCCUGGUAUUCUUGUGCUCUGUUGAAUAGAAAAAUCAAUAAUGGCAACCUUCAAAUCUAGUCACGCAAUGAAUUAUUCGCACCUAGCAUCUUCAGUGGGAAGAUGAGACGAUUGCUCCAUAUUUUCAAUGGCAGGUACAUGGAUAGUUGUGGGCUGAGCGGUGAGAUCCCAUCAUCCUUUUCUAAUCUUACGAAGUUAAAGACAAUGUAA